AGAGGAUUUGAAGGGUUAACAUUGAGGCCCGGGUCUAGGGGAUAAGAGAACAAAGGGGCUUUCAGAGAAAACUGCUUACUAUUGCACGGAUGUUGCGCAAGCCUCUGACAUCUGGCCCAGAGACUACCAAAUAAGGAGGAAGGGGAAGGUGAAGGACGAGUGAAGGACAAAGUUUGGGAGGAAGACUACGAGCCUUUAGCACGAGCGACCCCCGAGAGACCACCAGAGACUGAUAGCAAGCGCCUCUGGGAGGGUUUCGGAUUCCGGAAACCAAUUCUAAUACCCCUGCCUCUUCUAGAAGUAGUAAUGAAUAUGUAUUAGCCUAGGACCAUAAAAACUAGCACCUGACGUAAUUGGUGUGCGUCUUGGUGGAGCAGACUCCCGGCGCACCCAGCGCUGUUUGCUUGCCUCUAUUCGUUUAAUAAAUUGUAAACUUUGAUUGCAGUCCUAUUUGGGACUCAGUCAUUUAUAACAAUUGGGGGCUCGUCCGGGAUGGUCUUGGUUCCUGAAUUCUGACUUGAUCUAGGAGGGGUGGCCCACCAUUUGGUGGCUCCUGUUCGUGUCGGAUCGGGACUAACACCAUCUUGAACCUGAAUAAGGGCACGCAAAGAUUUAGAUUUUUUUAUGAGCUCCCUUUGCCGGCUGCAGCACUAUAUUUUGCCCGUAAUUCUGCGCGCGAAGAUCCGAACGAAGGCGACGGAGUCCAGGUUCCAGUUUGACAUCUACCUUUCACCUGUGAUUGUUCCAGCCUGCAGGAGGGCAGGAAAUGGCCGCGGCACAUCCAGCUCAGGAACCCGUGACCUUCGUGGAGGUGGCCGUGUAUUUCAGCAGGGAGGAGUGGGAGCUGCUGGAUCCUGCACAGCGAGCGCUCUACCGGGACGUGAUGCUGGAGAUGUAUGAGUCCAUAACUUCACUGGGAUUACUUCCAUCCCCGAAACCCGUGGUGAUCUCUCAGCUUGAAGAAGGGGAAGAUCCCUGGAUCCCAGAUCUGCACGGCGUGGAGGAUGUGACAGGAGACCUCAGCCCAGCAGGUGACAGGAUCACAAAAGCAAAGGAGACUCUUCAGAAAAGUGGCAUGGCCCAAAGGCAGUUGAAUGGUGACUCUGUGGGAAAAAUCAGAAGGGGCGUCCAAAAGGGCCUGGAGCAUGGAAAGCAUCUCAAGAAGCCACUGAAAACCCAUCCAGGAAAUCGAGCAAGGAAUCCCCUAGAUGGCAGCAAAGGUCAAAAAGAGCCUAAAGAACUGACAAAGAAGCAAGCCUGCCAGAAGAAAAUGGAGAACCAAUGUGAUGAGUGUGGAAGAAUCUUUAAAAGUCAUUCCCAUCUUGUUAAGCACCAGCGCAUCCACACAGGAGAGAGACCCUACAAGUGCCCUGAGUGUGGUAAGAGCUUCAGAAGAAACUCUAACCUCACUUACCACCAGCGCUCUCACACAGGAGAGAGACCUCACAAGUGCUCACAGUGUGAGAAGAGCUUCAAAUGCAGUUCACAACUCGCCUACCACCAGCGCUUUCACACAGGAGAGAGACCCUACAAGUGCUCACAGUGUGAGAAGAGCUUCAGAAGCAGCUCUGAACUCACCUACCAUCACCGCUUUCACACAGGAGAGAGACCCUACAAGUGCUCACAGUGUGAGAAGAGCUACAGAAGAAGAGCAGAUCUCAUCUACCACCAGCGCUUUCACACAGGCGAGAAACCCUACAAGUGCCCUGAGUGUGGGAAGAGCUUCAGAAGCAGUUCUCAACUCCUUGUGCACAAACUGACCCAUACAGCAGAGAGACCCUACACGUGCCCUGAUUGUGAGAAGAGCUUCAAAAGCAGUUCUGUACUCGAGUUGCACAUACGGAUCCACACAGGAGAGAGACCCUACAAGUGCCCUGAGUGUGGGAAGAGCUUCAGAAGCACUUCUGACUUGAUUAAGCACCAGCGCAUCCACUCAGGAGAGAGACCGUACAAGUGCCCUGUUUGUGAGAAGAGCUUCCAAAGGAGUUCUGUACUCAAUUUGCACAAACGGAUCCACACAGGAGAGAGACCCUACAAGUGCACUGAUUGUGAGAAGAGUUUCAAAAGCAGUUCUGUACUUGAGUUGCACAAACGGAUCCACACAGGAGAGAGACCCUAUAAGUGCCCUGAGUGUGGGAAGAGCUUCAGAAGACACUCUAACCUCACUUACCACCAGCGUUCUCACACAGGAGAGAGACCUCACAAGUGCUCACAGUGUGAGAAGAGCUUCAAAUGCAGUUCAGAUUUCGCCUACCACCAGCGCUUUCACACAGGAGAGAGACCCUACAAGUGCUCACAGUGUGAGAAGAGCUUCAGAAGCAGUUCAGAUCUCGCCUACCAUCACCGUUUUCACACAGGAGAGAGACCUCACAAGUGCUCACAGUGUGAGAAGAGCUACAGAAGAAGAGCAGAUCUCAUCUACCACCAGCGCUUUCACACAGGCGAGAAGCCCUACAAGUGCCCUGAGUGUGGGAAGAGCUUCAGAAGCAGUUCUCAACUCCUUGUACACAAACUGACCCACACAGCAGAGAGACCCUACAAGUGCCCUGAUUGUGAGAAGAGCUUCAAAAGCAGUUCUGUACUCGAGUUGCACAUACGGAUCCACACAGGAGAGAGACCCUACAAGUGCCCUGAGUGUGGGAAGAGCUUCAAAAGCACUUCUGACUUGAUUAAGCACCAGCGCAUCCACACAGGAGAGAGACCGUACAAGUGCCCUGAUUGUGAGAAGAGCUUCAAAAGUAGUUCUGUACUUAAUUUCCACAAACGGAUCCACACAGGAGAGAGACCCUACAAGUGUCCUGUUUGUGAGAAGAGCUUCAAAAGGAGUUCUGUACUCAAUUCGCACAAACGGAUCCACACAGGAGAGAGACCCUACAAGUGCCCUGAUUGUGAGAAGAGCUUCAAAAGGAGUUCUGUACUCAAUUUGCACAAACGGAUCCACACAGGAGAGAGACCCUACAAGUGCCCUGAUUGUGAGAAGAGCUUCAAGAGCAGGUCCGAGGUUAUUAUCCACCAGCGCAUCCACACAGGAGAGAGACCCUACAAGUGCCCUGAGUGUGCAAAGGGCUUCAAAAGCAGUUCUGAACUUAGAUCCCACAAGCGUGUCCACAAACGAGACAAGCCGUAGUAGUGCCUUGAGUGUGGGUCGAGCUUCCGCCAGAGCUCGAAGCUGGUCACCCAAUUCUAGAUCCACACAGAAGAGAGCCUUACAAAUACCUUGAGCAGAGGAAGAGCACUGUGGCAAACGCAUCUUCAAACCCUCCUGCAGAUCAAACUCCCUCCCCCGAAACUUGAAGCCGAGGUUUAGCCCCGUGCAGACAGCAGGGAGCACUAGGUGUAAGAUGUUUUCCCAGGCUGUGUUACCUGGGAGAUAUCACUGAGAGCCCUUCAGGGAAUGGUGCAUAUGGCUGAGAGCAGAGAGAAACCCUGUCCCUAGUGUGGGCAUCCAACGAUGGCUGUUGGGCAGAUCCAAUCCCCUCUUCCCUUCCUUAUUCUUCUGUUUAUCGCUGCGUAAAAUAGUCUCUGGGAUUCCUGACUUUUCACGUCACCUUUUUUCUAAACUGCAGCGUACUGAGGAGCUCAUGUUGGUAAGUGAUCUCCCUGUCCCUGUCUCAACCCAUGAGCUGUGAGUUUUUUAUUGUUCCAGAGUAUUUUCUUCCUCUAAGCUAUUUAAGAAGAGCACUGAAUGAGCCCAGUGCCUAAGCUGGUGGAAAUGCUGACUAUGCCUGAGGGAGGACCAGCAGCUGCUGUAAAAUGGGCCUUCAUUUGCAGGCAGAUCCUGAACAAAAGCUAUUUUAUAGAACAAAGAAAGCCAGGUCCUGUAGUUAAGGAGGUAGCACAAGCCCCUGGGAACAAGCAAGCAAGGAAACCGCGUGCUGGCAGAACAAAAGAUAACAUCAGAAGAGCCACUAGAGGAAGGUCUUACCUGCUGGAUCCCCUAAAGGGAUGUAGGGGGAGGAUAUGAAAAGUCCUUACCCGGACGUUUUAGCUUGAGAGAGAGAACAGGAGGCAGGCGAAUUUUUAUAGCAUGCAAGAAUUGAUACAUGCAGAGGUAUGGAGUCUGGUCAUUUGAUGUCAGGUGGGGAGAAGAGGAAGGUCUUAGAAAUAUAGUCCCAGAUAAAUUAUUACAGAGAUGUUAUACAACAUGCCUUGAAACAGCUGCUUCCCUCCUUGUACCUGAUCUGGCCUGGACAAACCUGUUGUUCUGGGCAAGAGAUGGAACCAGGACCAGGAUCCUGCCUGGGGUAAAGCUUUCCUGGUUCUGAAACACAGUUUGCUGCUGUCAUCUGUCAUCCUGGUCCUGCUGGCAGGGGGCAGAAGAGCCUCCUUUAGGACUGAGACAGCCUCACAAAGUAUCAGAAAAUGUCUAAAAGCAGACAGCAAAGAGAAAAGGGGAGGGGAACAUAAAUAAAAACUAAAUAGAAAUAAUGCAGCGUGAUGAGAAUGAAUCUGUCCCCUCCAUUAAAAAGAAAAUAAAAUACAGAGAAGCAAUGCAAUGGAGAGUGAGUGGUGGCUUGGAGGAAUCAAGUGCUGCUGCAAAAAUUGUCUUGUGCCCUGCACACCAGGCAUCUGACCUGUCUUUCCUUUAAAAAAAAAAAAAAAAAAAAGUCUAAUCCAAGGCUCAUGAAACAACACUGCAGAUCCAGAGCCUUCCUGCUGAGGACUUGCAUCCUCUUUUCCAGGGCCCAGCUAAUCUCUUGGCUGCAGCCAGGAGAGGAGCAGUGAGCAAUAAGCUGUAUGCUUUGGGUCCUGACAGCUAUCUCCCACUCUUGAACAGCAAGAUGGGUCAGGUCCUGCUUUUCCUUUCCCCUUUGGCAUGACCUUCCAAGCCUGGUGCUGAACUUUAGAUGCUCAGGUGGUGCUAAGCACCAUGCCAGUCCCUGCCUCAAAGGGGGGAUCUUUGGAUCUUCAUCUGGAUCUUUGGAUAUCUGUUCAUUGUCUAGGUUACUAUAAAUCACUUCCAUCACAGCUAAUUGCCUCAGGUACUGGAUACCUCUCUCCAUGGUGGUCCACUUGCCUGGCUGACAUACAACAUCUUACUUGAAGGGAUACCUUUCCUUCACGCCUGACAGGGGUUGCCUUCAGAGGCUCUUUCUGUCUGUUUUUCCUCCUGUGUUUGUGAUGGCCCUGCUUUAGAGCAGCCUGCCCCUUCCACUUCUCCCUCCCAGAGCCUUUUAGGAGAAGCUUCUUCCCUUACUAAAUGAACUGACUUCCUCUUCCAUUCUUUCAUCUUGACUGUAGGGGUGACUAAUACCAUCCAUUGGUCUUUUGGUUUUGCUACUCUGUUAUCUGGCCACCAGAUUCAGAGACUUCCUCCUCCCCCUGAAGGUGCUGAAUAGUGUUUGCUAUUGUUAGGUAGGCGCAGACCAGAUCCCAGCACAGUGCAGCAAGCUGUAACUCUCUGGCGUUGCUGAGGUCAGGGAAUAAGUUUUUUAAAACAUUCUUUCAUUUUGGGGGGAUUCCACACUUGUUCACUGGUGAAGCUCAAAUAGAUAGCCAUGACAGACGUUGUGGAUGUCCCAUCCCUGGAAGUGUUUAAGGCUAGGUUGGAUGGGGCUUUGAGUAACCUUGUCUAGUGGAAGGUGUCCAUGCCAAUGGCAGAGGGUUUGGAAUUAGAUGAUCUUUAAGGUCCUUUCCAACCCAAACCAUUCUGUGAUUCUAUGACAGGUACCUGCCCAUAUCCUCCUUGCCACCCACCACCACACUGCCUUGGGGCAGAUUCCUGGGUGGUAUUCUUAAAUAAUUGUUUAAUCUUAGGAAAAAACAGAAACAUAUUCGGGAGACUUAGAAAUAGGAGCAUGUUGGUUACGCAAGGACAGUCAAAAUAUUCAAAAGCUAUUGUGAUUAGCCCAUAGGAUAAGGAGGAAGAGGUACCAUACCUUAUAUUCUCCACAAAUUGAUUCCAGAGGUUAAAAAAAAGAGUGCAGUUGUUAAUAUUCUCCAAAAGGUGGUUCCUGAAGUACAGAGUUGAUAGUAAUGGAGGGCCUGGAUACUGGAUCAGGCUCAAGACCAGUGCUUUAAAGCACAGUGAACUGAAUAAAUAAAUAAACCACCGCCACCAUAACAACAACAAAAAACAGACAACAACAACA